CUGCAUUGACCCCCCACUGCCAAGUUCCAACUCAAUCUCGCGCGUCCUCUCUGCUCCUGUCCCUGUCCCUGUCCCGGCGGCCGUGCGCGUUCGGGAAGGAGGAGGAGGAGGAGGAGGGAGCCCAAGGCGUCGUCUUCGGAGCUCGCGCCCGUUGUCUCAGGUUGGUGGACACAAGAGUUAGUUACGCUACGACUUGCUGUUCUCAGAGCACUGGGAACGUUGAAAUUUGAAGUAGAAAUUAGUGUGUGUAAGCAACAGCCGGCAACAGCACAUGAUGGGUGCACAAUGACUAAAGUUUGAGUGAGAUUUCACCAGAUAGCAGAAGUGCUUGAUAUAAAAGAAAGAUGGGCGACGAGUACCAGUGCGAGUCUGAUGAUGAGGUCGCACCACCAAUGUGGCCUAAUGUAGGGGAUGUAGACCAGAAGCUGUUCAAAAUGGAGAAACUUGAGGACCACGAUGCACUCAAUGAUGUUGAGUUUCAUGAGCAGCCUGCUCGUGCGGAUCUCCACCGGCUAAAGGAAAUUGCAAGCUCUGAGAAAGGCGCUUCUCAAAUGCAAUACUUUGUAAAGCAUUGGGAAUAUAAGCGGGCUAGUAAUGCUCUGCUUUUGAGCGAAGAGCUUGGCCGUCUCUCCCAACAGAGAAAAGAGAUUGAAGAAAAGAAGCAACAAAUCUUGGAGGAGCAGCGAUUUCAGGAUGAAAAUUAUUAUGCUGCGAAGAGGCAAGUACCAAUACUGGAUGAAGUUUACAAGAAUGAAUGGAAGCGUCCGAGCAAAAAGACUGAUGACCAUUCUCGUAAUCAAGAGCUUAAAAUAGAUGCAGAAUACAACACUAUUUCCUAUUGGAAAGAGCGAGCGAUGCGGUUAGAAGAAGCGCUUGAGGCAAGCCUGGAAAGGGAGCGUGCAUUGGAGGAAAAGUUGGAGGAAGAUAUAAAGAAUCUUCAGUCACAUACACCGGUGGAGGAAUUCUCUGGAAUGUUAAAACGGGCUGAUUACUUCUUGCAUUUGGUUCUCCAAAGUGCUCCUAUUGUAAUUGCUCACCAGGAUGCUGACUUGCGGUACCGUUUCAUAUUUAAUCACUUCCCAACACUUGCUGAUGAGGAUGUUAUUGGUAAAACCGACCAUGAGAUAUUGUCAGGUGAGGGUAUAGAUGAGAUGAAUAACGUCAAGAGGGAGGUUAUGGCCAAGGGUAUACCAACUAAGAGAGAGUUUGUAUUUAACACUCCAUUGUUUGGAGCAAAGACUUUUGUGACAUACAUUGAACCAGUAUUCAGCAAAUCUGGGGAAACAAUUGGUGUGAAUUAUGUUGCAAUGGACAUAACAGACCAGGUCAAAACAAGGGAGAAAAUGGCGGAUAUAAGGGUGAGAGAAGCUAUCCAAAAAGCCAAGGAAACAGAACUUAGCAGAUCUCUGCACAUUACUGAGGAAACUAUGAGAGCAAAACAAAUGCUAGCCACCAUGUCCCAUGAGAUCAGAUCUCCCCUUUCAGGGGUUCUUAGCAUGGCUGAAAUUCUUGCAGCUACUAAACUGGAUAAAGAGCAAUAUCAGUUGCUAGAAGUUAUGUUAUCUUCUGGAGAUCUUGUAUUGCAAUUGAUCAAUGACAUCCUCGAUCUUUCCAAAGUGGAGUCAGGAGCUAUGAAACUAGAGGCUACGACAUUUAGACCAAGGGAAGUAGUUAAACACGUACUCCAAACUGCCGCUGCAUCUCUGAAGAAGGAAUUGACCCUUGAAGGGUUUAUAGGAGAUGAUGUUCCAUUGGAGGUCAUUGGUGAUGUGCUAAGGAUUAGGCAAAUUCUGACCAAUUUAAUCAGCAAUGCAGUGAAGUUUACACAUGAUGGGACGGUUGGGAUAAAACUUCGUCUUGUAGAUAAGCAGCAAGCAGUAUGUGAAAUAGAAAAUGGGCAACUUCAUGUGAGAGCCCAUCCUGCAAGCUCAGUUACUACUGCAGCAGAAAAUUCUGCUGCCUCUCCAAGAAACUGUGAUAAAGAUGCUUCGCGUUGCUCCAGUCGUGAAGAUGUUUGUCAGAAUGGUGUUGUAUCAAAUGAAAAUUUUAGGGAGUACCAUGAGGGAGAAGUUGUUUGGCUUCAGUGCGAUGUACAUGAUACUGGGAUCGGAAUACCAGAGAAGGCACUGCCGUGUUUGUUCAAGAGGUAUAUGCAAGCCAGUACGGACCAUGCAAGAAAAUAUGGUGGAACAGGGUUGGGCCUUGCGAUCUGCAAGCAGUUGGUGGAGUUGAUGGGUGGUACUCUAACUGUGGUUAGCUAUGAGGAUGAAGGAUCAACAUUCACAUUCAUGAUACCUUGCAAAAUUCCUGCAAAAGAGGAGAACAGUGAUGAUCCUGAUGAUGAGGCCAGUACUCGUAAUAAUCUCACUAUCAAUGAUAUAGAAGGAUCUUUCGUUUUCAAGCCGAAAGUGCGCCCUUCUCUCCUGUCUUCUGGAGUUCCAAUAAUGAACAACACCAAGUUCUUUGGCAGCAAUCUUAUGGGCUAUGAUUCUACUAAUGUAAUAGAGGAUCAUAAACCAUUCUCCAAUGGUUUCAUAUCGACGAAAGAUAAUUCUGGAAAGUGUGCCCCUGCUGCUAGUCAAUCAAAUGGUCCAAAUGUUAGCAGCAUAGAUGAAGAAAAAAAUGAUUGUUCAAUGGUCUUUGAACUGAAUAGUCAAGCUGAACGGGUUUCCAGUUCCCGAGCCGAGACAACAUCAGUUUCAGGGGCUGGCAUUCAGGAGGGAGGGAAAGCAUGCAAAGCUCUUGAAGAAAAAUCACUUAACAAGAAAUCCAAGUGUUCUCCAAGUAGCAGCAAGGCAAAGAUCCUCCUCGUCGAAGAUAACAAAGUCAAUAUAAUGGUGGCAAAAUCAAUGCUGGUGCCGCUGGGUCAUGGAAUAGACAUAGUAAAUAACGGACUGGAAGCAAUCCGUGCAGUACAGUGCCACCAAUAUGAUAUUAUCCUGAUGGAUGUUCACAUGCCAGUAAUGGAUGGCCUACAAGCCACUAAAUUGAUCCGUCACUUUGAAAAUACUGGCUGUUGGGACGCUUCUGUAAAGCCUGAAGACAAUGGGAUGAUAGCCAACUCAGCUAUUUCAUCUGAUUGUGUGCAAGACAAGAAAGGGAAGAGAGUACCUAUAAUUGCGAUGACAGCAAAUUCAUUCGCGGAGAGUGCUGAUGAGUGCCUUGCUGCAGGCAUGGAUUCCUACAUAUCUAAGCCAAUGAACUUCCAAAAAACAAAAGAGUGCCUGCAGCGCUAUUUGUUGUCUCAGUAACUAACCAAUUGUUGUAAAGUGUAGGAAGGUAAUUUUUAGCUUAGGAAAGUUUUGUGAAGUCAUAUCAGUGUUUUCCUGUAAAUGUUAUUCCCUCGACGGAUCAGAAAUGCAAUAGAUAUAGUGUUAGUGUGUCUUCCUUACUGUUGGGAGACAGACAGAGAGCUCUUUUUUAGGGAGCAGGGCCAACCUAGCCCGAUUAGUAAGAUCACAUAGCUUACUCAAACUUUAGUUCCUCAUUGAUUGUAUGAGACAUGAACUGAUAUUGUGUCACCCCUGUAUAUAUCUUAUCCUUUAGCAACUAACUGUCUAUUACUGCCAGUAGCUUCAGU